GCGCAAUGAUCCCGCUUCGGCCGCCGCGCCGCUGUGGGAGACGCGGGCAGGCAACGGGGCAGCUGCGGGGUCCCGACGUCCGAAGCUGAGCCGGCCUCCGACGGGAGGGUGCGAGGGGGUCCUCUGGUCGCAGCGAGCUUGGAGGGGCACUCGUCUGGCGACGCUUGGUCUGCGGAGCCGCGCCGGGGCGAGUUAACAGGAGAGAGAGAAGCCUCCCCGGGACGGUGCAGCGGGAUGUGGGGCGCUUUGCUACGGCGCGGGGGCCGCGGCGCUGGCAGCCUGCGAGGUCUGGCGACGGGCGGUCCACCUUGGAGCGAGGUGGUAUCGGAGGCCGAGAAGAUCGUGGGGUACCCGACGUCCUUCAUGAGCCUGAGGUGCCUGCUGAGUGACGAGCUCAGCAACAUCGCCAUGCAGGUCCGCAAGCUGGUGGGCACCAAGCACCCGCUGCUCGACACCGCCCGGGGUUUCGUGUACGACAGCCGGAAUAACCUACAGAUGCGAGGCUUGGUCAUCCUGCUCAUUUCCAAAGCUGCUGGACCCAGCACAGCAGAACUCUCCUUCCAGCACAACAUGGUCAGUGGAAUUUAUUCCAGCCAGAGAAGCCUGGCUGAGAUUACAGAGCUGAUCCACACAGCCUUCCUGGUGCACCGUGGCAUAGUGAACAUCGGGGAGCUCAAGCCCUGCGAUGGCCCUCUGAAGGAUAUGCAGUUUGGGAAUAAAAUGGCUGUUCUGAGUGGAGACUUCCUCCUAGCAAAUGCUUGCACAAGCCUUGCUCAGCUGCAGAAUACCAAGGUUGUGGAACUCAUUUCAAGUGCUAUUGGUGACUUAGUCCAGGGUAUAUAUUACGAAAACUCAAAAUCAUCUGAGGAGAGCUGUCUUACAGAUGAUAUCAGCAUAUCUGCAUGGAAGGAGCAGGUUUUCCUGUCACACAGUGCCUUGCUGGCAAAGAGCUGCCAGGCUGCAAUGGAGCUAGCAAAGCACAGCGCUGAGAUUCAGGACAUGGCAUUCCAGUAUGGAAAGCACAUGUCCAUGAGUCACAAGCUGCAUUCAGACCUCCAGCCAUUUGUUAAAGAAAGUUCUAGUGACACUGUGGCCUUCAGUUUGAAUUCUGCUCCUGCAGUCCUCCAUCAGGAAUUCCUUGGAAGGGAGGCAUGGAUUAAACAGAUCCAAGAGGCCCAAGGAAAAGGAAAUAUAAUGGACUACAAGAAGCUGUGGGAAGCCAUCAAGGCUGGCAAAGGUGUGACUUCUGCCAUCGACCUCUGCUGCUGCCACGGAAACAGAGCUCUGGCUGCCCUGGACUGCUUCCCUCCCUCAGAGGCCAGAACUGCCUUGGCCAACAUCGUCUACGCCGUGACCAGGUUCCCCUGACCUGCUGUCCCCCUGGGGAUGACCCUGAGGCCCCGCUCUGCCGUCACCUCAAUUCCCCCAUCCUGACAGAGGAGCCUGCAGCGGCUGCCACCGC